CCUUGGCUUCAAAUCUACUACGGAGAAUUAAGGAUGUUUAUUCCGGGGAAGAGUCAAAAGUUUAUGCUGCAUCGCGGCUGUUUUUUCCGACAUCUAAUUAUAUAUAUAUAUAUUGCAUGAACAUUUCAAUUCUAAUUAAAUUUUAAGGUAUUAAUUAUCAUUAAGUAUAACUAAACUAUAAUGAGUUCUAUUAGAAUUGAGUCAGAUGCCUUUGGAGAAAUUGAAGUACCUUCCGAUAAAUAUUGGGGUGCUCAAAGUCAAAGAUCCUUAGGAAACUUUGAGAUUGGAGAUAUUAAGAUGCCCGCAUCAAUUGUUAAAUCUUUUGGGAUUUUAAAGAAAGCUGCCGCUAUAGUUAAUGAAGAACUUGGAGCUUUAGAUCCAAAAUUAGCUGCUGCCAUUAAGGAAGCUGCUACUGAAGUUGCUGAAGGUAAAUUACUUGAACAUUUCCCAUUAGUUAUAUUUCAAACUGGUUCUGGUACUCAAUCUAAUAUGAAUGCAAAUGAAGUUAUAUCUAAUAGAGCUAUUGAAAUUUUAGGAGGAGUUAAAGGUUCUAAAAAACCUGUUCAUCCAAAUGAUCAUGUCAAUAUGUCUCAAUCAUCUAAUGAUACUUUCCCAACAGUUAUGCAUAUUGCAGCUGUAACUGAAAUAUCUAAUGCACUUUUACCAAAUUUAAGAGAUUUACGUGAUGCCUUACAAAAGAAAUCAGAAGAAUUUAGUAAAAUUAUUAAAAUUGGUAGAACUCAUUUACAAGAUGCUACUCCAUUAACUUUGGGUCAAGAAUUUUCCGGUUAUGUUCAACAAUUAACUUUUGGAAUUGAAAGAGUUGAACAAAGUUUACCAAGAUUAUCUUUAUUAGCUCAAGGUGGUACUGCUGUUGGUACUGGUUUAAAUACUAGAAAGAAUUUUGAUGUUAAAGUGGCUGAAGAAGUUUCUAAUCUUACAGGAUUACCUUUUAAGACUGCUCCAAAUAAAUUCGAAGCCUUAGCUGCUCAUGAUGCUAUUGUUGAAGCUUCUGGUGCAUUAAAUACAUUAGCAGUUUCAUUAUUUAAAAUUGCCAAUGAUAUUAGAUACUUAGGUUCUGGUCCAAGAUGUGGAUAUGGUGAAUUAUCUUUACCAGAAAAUGAACCUGGUUCAUCAAUUAUGCCUGGUAAAGUUAAUCCAACUCAAAAUGAAGCUUUAACAAUGGUAUGUGCUCAAGUUAUGGGUAAUCAUACUACUAUUACAUUUUCUGGAGCUUCAGGUCAAUUUGAAUUAAAUGUUUUUAAACCAGUUAUGGCUUAUAAUUUAUUAUCAUCUAUUAGAUUAUUAGGUGAUGCUGCUCGUUCUUUUAGACUUCAUUGUGUAGAAGGUAUAAUUGCUAAUGAAGCUAAGAUUGAUAAACUCUUAAAUGAAUCAUUAAUGUUAGUUACUGCUUUAAAUCCAAAAAUUGGUUAUGAUAAUGCUUCAAAAGUGGCUAAGAAUGCUCAUAAAAAGGGUUUAACAUUAAAGGAAUCAUGUCUUGAAUUAAAUAUGUUAACCGAAGAAGAAUUUGAUCAAUGGGUUAGACCAGAAAAUAUGCUUGGACCAAAGUAAUUGAUUACUUACUAUUAAAACUUUUAUUUCAUAAUAU